AGAAGGUCGGUUCCUCAGGAGGCUGCAAGAGACGUAGAAGGUGAGCAUGUUUUUUGCUCGAGCUUCAAGAAGUUUUGAAGCGACUCCGAGGAUUCUCGGAGUGGCCAAGCACUAAAGUAUUUGGCACUGCCUGGCAAGUACAUGAGAUGGCAACAUGAUAGCUGCAUAUAGAGCUGAUUAAUCAUGAAGGUGGAGAUUGUUACGUUGGUGAUGAAGAAUCAGCUAUAUUGGAAGCUUAAACCAAGUCGAGGUUGAUAAUUGAGUUAUAUGGCGUUUGGAUUAACGACCUGUUAAUUAUAACUCAAUGGCUUACAGUUAUUACAACCGGUUAUCAGUUGUAACAAUCUUUGCCUAAUAUCAAAGCAAGGCUCGUGUGUUGUACACUAAGGAGGUUAAUGUUUUGCCUUGCCAGGCCCCAGGGACGUAGCCACAUCGGUGAACUCUGGGUCAUCAAAUAAACUAUGUAUUUAGGUUUGGUCAAGACGACCAGACUUGUUCAAGUUCGGCUAACUUACACAAGUCACACACAUAUGAACUGUGAGACUAGUUGACAAAGCCCAUUAGGUCAAGUGCUGAUAUAUCAAGAAGGAGAGGUUACGACAGAUGACCUAACACAAGACAAACACAAGGAAAACACAGAGGAGAGGCGCAGAAGAGUGGGAGCUUGAGAGAGCUCGAGACCAGAGUUUGGGUCAGACGAGAGAGAGAGCUAGAGAGAACUAGGUUCUCGGUAGGUUAGCUAGGCUCUUUCAUAUAUACUUGUAUUUCUAGGUGAUUUGUAACAGAGAUCAAGAGAGGUUGACAGGAACUGUAACCUCUGGAUAUUGUACUCUCGUGUUUGAUAUAAUGGAAGGUUGAGAUACCUAUUUCUCUCUCCGGUGAGUAUAGCUCCUUCUUUACAUCAAGGAAAGGAGGUGAACACUGGGUUAACAAAAGUGUCUUGUGUUCCUUCUUUUCUUGCUUGAUUCAUGUUCUGCGGACUUGAUUAGUGACUAGGUUUGCGAUAAGAACUACUGUAAGCUUCUAGGGAAACAAACAAAUCCUGAACAAGUGUAAUAAGAACUUUUGGAUUCUCCAACAAGUUUCUUGGGAUUUCCUCUACACCUUCAACUUUCUAGUUGAAGAUGGCUUCGGUAAGGAUUUAUCUUUUCAGGAUCUCUUAGGACAUGUGGUAGAUUAGAUUUGCCUUAUUAGGCAAUUCAACAGUGUUUUGAACUAAAGCUUGAGCGGACUCUGUUUUCCUUGAAGAUUCAGCUGGUGACGAUGACAAUACACACACUGUGUUUUGCUAUUAACUUAAAGAGUAUUAGAUCAUUGAAGAUGGACCAGAGGUGAAUGAGGUUCCAUUAUAUAUAAAGUUUCCCAUCUUUGGAAUGUUUGAGGUAGGAUUUGACUGAAUACUUCUAUCCCCGAUUUGGAAUAUAUUUUAAAAUUUCCUACUUUCUAGCACUAUAGUCUAUAGCAUAUGAUUCAAGUAGAGACUUACUUGUUGUAACUAACUCCGGUCGUGUAGAGAGUGCAAGAUCAUUGUAGAUGUUUGUGUCACUCUUUUGAAAGGAAGUAAUUAGGAGUAUGGAGAGGAAACCCUCCUUGAAAAUGAUGUAUUUCUUUUGUUUUACGUUUUCAGCAUAUUGUGUUGUGGCAAAAGAUGCUCUUAGCAAGCAAACAUGGAUCGCAUUUCUGGAGCGUGUGAAAGCUGAUUUCAAGAAAAGGUAUGGAGGUGGGAAAGCAAGUGCAGCUAUCGCCAAAAGUCUCAACAAGGAGUUCAUGCCGGUGAUGAAAGAACACAUGAAGUAUAUUGUUGACCAUGCAGAGGAGAUUGAAAAACUAAUAAAAGUCAAGGCUCAAGUUUCAGAAGUCAAAAGCAUAAUGUUGGAGAAUAUUGACAAGGCAAUUGACAGAGGGGAAAAUCUAACGGUUCUUAGUGACAAGACCGAGAAUCUACGCUCUCAGGCGCAGGAGUACAAGAAACAAGGGACACAAGUGAGGAGGAAACUGUGGUACCAGAACAUGAAGAUAAAACUGGUGGUUCUUGGGAUCUUGCUACUACAUGUUCUCAUAAUCUGGCUUUCGAUUUGUCACGGCUUCGACUGCACAGAUUAAAGACACAACAAAUCAGUCGGAGUGUAACGUUAGAGAGCCUUUGGCUGAAUGGGCAACAGAGAACAAAAGUCUUCUGUAGAGGGAUAAGAAAAAACAGAAGGAUAAAAAGACAAAACUGCGCCCACCGUGGGGCUCGAACCCACGACCACAAGGUUAAGAGCCUUGCGCUCUACCAACUGAGCUAGACGGGCUUGGUGACAGUGAUGUGUUAAAAUCCAAUAUAUAAAGCAAAACAGUUUCAUACUGCAGAAUUUCGACUACACUUCAGCCAAAGAAUAACGAAAAGCUAUGGUUCUAAAAUACAGUACGAUUUUUGUUAUUGAAUUUUGUAUUCAGAAGAUUAAGUGAAAACAUAACGAUUUCUAACAGCUUCCUUAGGCAGUAUUUGAGUUUAGCAGAUGUGGUAAUUUUCAGUGACUACAAUAUGCUUAUUGAAAAGUCAAAAACAUCUAGCAACAGUGUCCAUGGAACUGUUAUGCAAUCUUCUGGUUCAUCAUCGUGGUAUAAAAAGCAAGUUAAUUGAAAAAAGUUUGAUGCUUCUGAACAUUUUGAAUAAUGUGUUGGCUAUAAAAUCUAAAGCAAAAGAAGCACUUGCCAGCUUACAUGAUACUCACCAAACAGACAUAACAUCUGAAACAGAUAAAUAAAAAUCGAGACUUUCCAUAGAUCCAACACCAGGUUACAUAUCAUAAACCUCAAACAAAACUUAAAACAACAGUCAAAGCCAAGAUUCCCUAAAGACAAAGCCUUUUUUCAAAGCUCGUCUUCAUCUCUCAAAUACUCUCCAAUAUCAGCCUGAUGAAGCACAACGAUACCAUUCGGAUCCAACUUCCGACAAUCCUGCGUACUCUUCGCCGCAAUCCCAAACCCCAACGGAACA